CACAAGUUUGGCGCCGACUUCUGUGUCGUUUCCUCAUAAGGAGUUGUGGCGGCGUGGCUGUGUGAAGAUCUGUUGGGCUCCCGCAGACUUGCUCCGAUCCCGUCGACUUCACCCAAUGGAAUCUCGUCUACGAUUGGCGUUCAUUUGAACAUAGUACGGCUGAUCCAGCACAUGCAUCUCCACAUCUUCACACGCUCUCAAUCUUCACCCGUGUCCAGCCUAUGAGCACCGCGGGACUCCAUCUUCGCAUCUUAUAACAGGCGUUCUUGCGUCAGUUGACCAUGGACUUGGAUACAUUCACCGAAGAUGGGUGCAGACGGCUAGCCAAAGCCCGAAGCCUAGCCCGUCUCCUAUCUCGCGGGGAUAGAGUCGCCCAUAUCGGGUUCGCCUUGCCGCAUUUGCGAUUGCGGGGGUACUUUGAUCGACAGUGUUGUUAUGAUCUUGUAUUGCAGCUGAUAACUUCUCCAAGUUCUCUUCCGUCUUCUCCCUCCUCAUUCUACCAGUCAGAUCCAUGUCGAGCGCCCCAUGGAUUAUCGAAUCUGAUGACUUGGAGUUCCCAGAUGGAGAUGCCUGUAAGGCAGGAAGGAUUGCGCGCGGGUUAUGGAGGGGCAAUAUGGUGGCAGUUAAGGUCCUGACGAAGCAAGCCGAGGGAUCCGCAUUGACCGAGCGCGGUUCUCUAUGGAGCAGCCUUCAGCACGGGAACAUACUGCAGACCCUCGGGGUUUCUCCCGCGGAUGCCGAUCCUCUCUUCGUCGUUACUCCGUACCACUCAUCCGGCAACGUCAUGCAACAUCUCGAACGAAACCCUGGGGCUGACCGCAUGCAACUUGUCUUGGAUGCAGCUCUUGGCAUGCAAUAUCUGCAUACAUGCGGAGUCGUCCAUGGCAGUCUCAAGCCAUCCAACAUUCUAGUUAAGCAAUCUGGGCGAGCCUGCAUUGCCGACUACGGAAUGGUCGAAGUGCAGUCAAGCGCAAGCCACGGUCAUCGAUACUUUAGCCCUGAAGCAUGGAAAGGAACGUUAUCUCGUCCUUCCGACGUAUAUGCCUGGGCCAUGAGCGCCUUGGAGAUACUCACCUCCAAAGCGCCUUGGGGAAUCCUUACUGAGAAACAAAUUUUCCGACUAGUAGUCCAGCAGAACAUGACACCUGAUCGACCCGACGAGGAUCUCGAUUUGACUGAUAAUGUUUGGGAACUGCUGGAGGAUUGCUGGCGAGCUUCUCGACUUCGGCCGACUUUCGAUGCCCUCGUUCAACGCUUGCACGCAGGCAGCGAGCAAGAGAUUACUAUUCCGCCCUCCUUCGACAACGCCAAUGGCUUGGCUCCCCCGAAAGCCAAUCGUACACGAUACACCGUGUCGAUGAUGAGUGGUCCUCCGGCUUAUGACGCGCCAUCGAGCACAGCAGUCCACCCCGGAUCGGCACCGCCGACCGUCACGCACUUCCAACCGCCUCCCAAGAAGAAUCUCGUCCCGCAGAGGCUCACACCCAUGAACCGAGGUAGUACCAGCGAUCUGAACAGCAGUUUUGACUCGGAGGAAGGGGGAACGAGCGCAGGCACUUCUCCGCCCAGGACCCCACGUAGCGAAUUAGGGCUGAUGCCUUCUCCGUCUGUAAGGACGUCUUCGUCUGUCGGAUCAUCCAGUUCCCGUCAUUUUCCCGCGAACAGAAUGACGAAUAUAACACCAAUUGGGGAAGACCCAGGAGAAUCCGCGGGCUUUCGGAAGCAUUCUUAUGUCGAGUCAACAUUCUCGUCUGGUCCGCGACACCGAGAGAAUCUGAGUCCCUUUCCAUCGGGAUCUGUAUAUGCAGAAUCUGUGCAGAGUGGUCAGAGCAGUGGAACUGCUCCCAACGCGAAUCUGAUCGCGGGGGCUCUGUCCACAGAAGUCAAGGAAGGUCGGAAACGAGAUGUGGUCGACGGUUACCUGGGAAAGAUGAUUGCGUUGAGCUUGGGUUCGUCCAAAGACGCGCACAAGUUGGUCACGGCUGGAGUUAUCCCGACUUUGAUCGUGCUGCUCAAGACACGGGCUGCGGAUGGAAUUGGCCUGGAGUUGGUUCUUCUGGCUCUCGGAUUUCUCAUUCACGAUCCCAUCACGGCAAAUGCGGUUCAUCGCACGGACACGUCCAAGACGCUGAUCGAUAUCCUCAACGCGGCACAACUGGAUGACAUUGGCGCGCUUACCAUCUGGUGCCUGAUCCGAGUUGCUCGCACGCCCGAGGUGGUGGCUUCGUUGCUCAAACACAACUUGGGGAGCUCGCUCGUGAGAAAGGGCCUGCGAGGCGGCCAGCGGACUUCGCGGAUGGCGGGGUGGUGUCUCGGCGCCAUUGUCCGAUCGGACGCCAUCGCCGACACGUUAUGUGAGAUGGGCAUCGUCUCGGCAGUGUGCGAGCACAUGCGACGUUGCAGAAGCUCUGUCAACGCUGACGCUGCCGACCACAGCGCUAUUCUAUAUGCGGUCGCACGGCUUUCGCGGUCCAUCAAGAUAGCCAAGCAGCUCUCCAAAGGGGGAUGCGUCGACGCCCUGGCGUAUUUCCUCGAGACUGCAGAAGAUCCGCAGGUGCUGCAAUGGAGUGUUCGCGCUGUGGGAUGUCUCAUGCGUCCCAAUAGUGGGGACAUGGCCAAGACCCUGCUGGACGCCGGCAUCGCGAGUGGAUUGGCGCGGCUUCCCAGCAUCCUCCCGGCCGACCAGAUCGAGCCUCUCGGUGCCUUCGCGUUUGCCGUCCAACGCUUCUCUUGUGCGGAGUGGGGCGGAGGAACGAGAAAAGCACUGGUCGAGGCUGGCGCUGUUGACGCUCUCCUCGCGGCUCUCCGCACCGCUGCCGAAGAGCCGUUCCCGCAGGUCCACAUCGAGUUGGCCCAUGCAAUAGCGCUUUUGGCGGAUGUCGGGGGCUCGGCCAUACGCAAGGAGAUCGUGAGCGCGGGUGGAGUGGGUAUUCUCAAGCAGAUUGCGAGCGACACUACGACGCGUGCUGACGUCGCCAAAGCCUGCAACUUGGCUGCAACCAGUGUCAUGGGCAAUCUCUGGUCGCGGAACGCCGCUUCCGCGAAAGCUGCUUUGGUGCAUGAAUGGUCCGGUGGAUGUCCGGAUCACAUUCCCGAAUGCCCGAUUCCGAUGAACGAGAUCGAGGCUUGGUAGAUCGUUGUAUUCUUACUGACUUAUACACUAUGUAAACUGUAAAUCCCUGUCUAUUCUAAAUAUGGCUCGG